AUGGAUCUAUUCCACCACGAAUCGUUGAUGACGGCCGACGCGCUGGUAGCCGUACUCCUGGAAAAAAGCCCCGUGUUACGGAAAACGGCGAUCCAGCGCCUUUACUCAAUUGUUGAUCAAUGUUGGUCUGAGAUAUCCGACGCAAUACCGUUGAUCGAAGAGCUCAGUGAAGACGAAAAUUUCGAAUCUCAUGAGAUCGCUGCUGCUGUUGCCAGCAAAAUAUUCUUUCAUCUUGAAGAAUAUGAUGACGCAUUGAGACUUGCUCUUGGAGCGGGUAGGCACUUCGAUGUUGGAGCACGAACGGAGUAUGUUGAGAUGCUCAGCUCUAAGUGCGUGGAUACCUAUAUUCAAACCUACAGAUGUUCUUCGGAUGUGCAUCUUCCACUGGAUCCACGUCUUGCUGAUGUUGUUGAACGGAUGUUUCAACGUUGCUAUGCAGACGGUGAGUUUUUUCAUGCAAUGGGCAUCGCUCUUGAGGCUCAACGUCUAGAUAAAAUAGAGGAGGUUGUCAAGCAGUGCCCACGUCCGAAGCGACAAUCUCUCUUUCUGUACAUUCUUGAAAUAAUUUUGUCGGGUAGUAUGGCAUGCACGUUUUGUCUACUCGUCGUUCGCGCAUUCACCUAUAAUGUAUUAAUGAAGAUAAAACACGCCUCUACCGACGAGUUGGUUCAUUUCGACAAAGAUUAUAUUUCCAAUUUAAUCUAUAUAUUGGAUUUUGAGGGGUUGGCUUCUAAGAUUAGUCUGGACUUCUUGCAUAACAACUCUCAGACAGAUUUGCUUAUUUUCCGAACAAUUAAAGACUCUAUCGAUGGAAUUCGCAAUUCUGUGUUGCACAAUGCAGCCGUAAUUGCGCACAGUUACGCAAAUGCCGGAACCAAGGACACUUCAUUUUUACGUGCCAACCUUGAAUGGAUGGGUAAGGCAUCAAACUGGGCAAAGUUUAUAGCCACCUCAUCUAUUGGAGUUAUUCACAAGGGGCAUGUAAAAGAGUCGGUUCGCAUCCUCGAGCCUUACCUGCCACAAGCUCCCCUAUCUAGUUCUCCAUUUUCUGAAGGUGGUGCUCUUUUUGCACUUGGCUUGAUUCACGCAAAUAAAGCCAAGUUGGGCGAGUCUGCUGCAAUUACAUACCUAAAAAAUGCCUUGCACAAUUCAGGUAGUUCUGAGCCGCUGCAGCACGGAGCUUGCUUAGGAUUGGGAUUGGCUGCAAUGUCAACCGGAGGUGCAGAGUAUUACGAAGAAUUGAAAACCGUUCUUUACUUUGAUUCUGCUGUUGCGGGUGAAGCCGCUGCAUACGGUAUGGGUCUUGUCAUGCUUGGACAUGGUGGCGAUACAAAUACAUCACAAAACGCAAUUUCUGAACUAUACGCGUACGCUCACGAGACUGCACACGAAAAGAUCAUUCGGGGUGUAGCCCUAGCUAUCGGUCUUAUUGUCCUUGGAAAAGAGAGCGCGGCCGAACCCACCAUUCAAUUACUCUGUCGUGAUAGAGACGCUAUAAUUCGGUAUGGGGGCAUGCAUGCCAUUGGCCUCGCAUAUGCAGGCACGGGUAACAACAACGCUGUGAAACGCCUCCUGCAUGUCGCCGUGUCGGACGUCUCAGAUGAUGUUAGACGCGCAGCAGUCACCUGUCUAGGGCUGGUUCUAUUUCGCACCCCCAAAAAGAUUCUUGCUCUGGUGGGACUUUUACUUGAGAGCUUCAAUCCCCACGUCCGCUAUGGUGCCUGCAUGGCUAUUGGAUUUUCUCAUCCUGCUUCAGGCGAUCACGACGCGCUAUCUUUAUUGGAACCUAUAAUCACAGAUCCCAUAGAUUUUGUUAGGCAAGGAGCACUGAUGGCAACGGCACUUGUCCUCAUGCAACAAUCACAUGCUCGAGUGCAAACCCUUGCUAGUUUCCGCGAGCGAAUUGCAAAUUUAGUCAAAGACAAGUAUCCUUCGACGCUCACGAAGAUAGGUGCGAUUAUGGCUGCAGGGAUACUGGAUGCCGGUGGUCGGAACUGUGCCAUUUCGCUGCAAUCUUCUGGCGGAUUUCUUAAGAGAGGUGCGUGCGCUGGCCUCGUCUUAUGGGCGCAAAGCUGGUACUGGUAUCCUAUGUUUCAUUUUUUCUCCUUGGCACUCGCACCCACUAUGCUUGUUGGCCUGAAUUCGGACUUUGAGAUGCCUAAGUGCUUCUCUGUUAUCUGUUCGGCCCCUCCUGAUUUAUUUGCGUAUCCCUCGCGCAUGAAAGAGAAAAAAGAAGUGAAGAGAGAAAGAGUUGCGACUGCCAUACUUUCAACCACGCGGAAGCAAAAGGUCCGGGACAGGACAAAGGUGCAAGGGAAAACUGCCGAUGUCAAGGAGGCUCCUGACGUCAGGGUAGACUCAAUCCAAGUAGGCACACGCGGCGUUGGUGCUGUGUCCUGUGAAUUGUCGAAUCCCUCACGUCUAACACCUGUGCAAAUUCACAGCUGCCAAUUUGAUUUAAAGCAGCGAUAUAUCCCAGUUUCUAGCUCAAUAAAGCCCUGCGGGAUCAUAAUUCUCCUUGAUCAACAGCCCGGAGAACCUCAGGAUAUCACACAUUUUGAUGAAAUCUCAAAGCACACCGACAACAUAGAUGAGUCAGAGCCACCAGCGCCCUUUGAAUGGCUUCCGUAAAGUUCCAAGGGCCUGCUUUGCUAGAACUGUCGACAGCGUGAUAUUCAAAGGUGGCUAGCUCGGAUCAUGCACUCCUGGUCGGGAGAUUUUGUGUGAUUGUAGGGAGAUGGCCACGGGAGGUGGCUACGGCAGGCUGCUACGGGACUGCGAGUUGUCUCAUGGGACAUGCCGCACCCUAGCUUCGGUCAUGCAUGAUAGUUCACUAAACGAGACUGUUGGACUUGGCUACCCGGACGACGGUGGCGAAGGCGACUGGUCAACGCUGAAGCAAACAACAAAAACUGCACCACGAAACGCGCCAUCCAAGCGUCAUUCCAGCUGCAGGCGGAGGUUCCGUGGGCCUUGCGGAACAAAGCCAUGCAGCGACCGCCGCGAGCUGCGCCCGCAAAAGUGGGCUAUCGCGGUCGCUGCUAUUGCAAUUCAUGUUGGAAUACAACCCUAGCACACGCGAAAGGGGCGUAGCCACGUCCUCUGGGGCACAUAAGUGGGGGUAGCCCGGGCGU